CUGGUACACCCUCUACUGGCUAUAUUAACCCAUUACAACCCUUUAGCUUUGCAGGUUACAAAACACUAACACAUGGCUUGUGUAACUCAAAAUCAGCUGUUUGGUAACCAGUAUACUGAGGAGUAGUAGGUGCAGGACAUGGAGCUCAUCAUGUGCUUGAGUUUAAACUAGAUUUAUAAUUAUAUUCACAGCAGUUUUAUAGCUUAUUGUUACCUCACAUUUGAAGAUGCCUCCUUCAGCAGCUGCAGCUGAAGAUGGUAAAGCCUUGGUGAGGAAGAUGUUAAGGGAAGUACUGAUGGGUCGAGAGGAUCCCGAGGUUUUCUUUGCCAUGUGUGUGUCUGCUCUGGGGCACCAGGACACCCGCUCACAGUUCCUGCCCCUCAUCCAGCCCCUGUCCUCGGCCAACAGCUCCCUGCACUCCACCCUCACCUCCAUCUACAAGGAAUAUUUCUCCAAGACUGAAGAAGAUGAGCUGGAACUUGCAUUGGCUCUCUCUCUACUGGAAAUGAAAGAUCACCAGCUGUCCCCCAGCCAAGAGUCCCGGCUUGGAGACGGACCAAAUCAGAGAAGCUUUGUUCAACUGACCUCUGUAUCGAAGCUUCAGGGAAGCAGCCACACCCUGCUAGCAGAUGUAGUUGGCAGGAGAAAAAACACCAACCCACCACAAACUGGACCCUGGGCCAAGGCAAGCCCAACGCGGACAACGCUAGAAACUGAGCUUCAGAAAAGCACACAUGUUGACAAUCAUAAAAAGGAGACACCAGGGACAACUCGGACUGCGUGUGUCUCCAGACUAACUGGCUCAUUCCCCAAGCAAGACAUGGUUGAAGAACAAGGUGACCAAAUCAUGGAUGAGGGAGAUUUGAAUCAAUCAGAGAAACCAAAACGCUCUAAGAACAGGCGACAGCGGCGUAAAGGCGCUGGCCAACAGGUUGUAGGUUUGUCCUGUUCUCCAUCAGCAUCGCCGCCGGUUCUGCUGUGGUUCAGGAGGGACUUGCGACUUGGGGACAACCCUGCUCUCACUGGCUCGUUGGAGGUUGGUGCACCGGUCAUCCCUGUCUUCAUCUGGAGCCCUGAGGAGGAGGAGGGACCGGGGAUCACAGUGGCUAUGGGGGGAGCUUGUAAAUACUGGCUUCAUCAAGCUUUGUCUUGUUUCUAUUCAUCUCUGGAGCGCAUUAGCAGCCAUCUCGUUUUCCUCAAAGCAAAUGGAUCUUCUCUGCGUACCCUUAAGGAGCUGGUAAAGGAGACAGGGGCGAGAACAGUCUUGGCUAACGCCCUCUAUGAGCCCUGGCUGAAGGAGAGGGAUGAUGUUGUGGUGUCAGCCCUUCAGAAAGAUGGUGUUGAUUGCAAGAUGUUCCACUCAUACUGUCUCAGAGACCCUUACUCCGUCAGCACGGAGGGUGUGGGACUCAGAGGAAUAGGUUCGGUGUCUCACUUCAUGAGCUGUUGUAGACAGAACCCAGGGUCUGCGUUAGGGGUCCCCCUGGACUCUCCUGUAUCUCUCCCCACUCCUGCCCACUGGCCUCAGGGUGUCCCUUUGGACACACUAGGCCUGGCACGCAUGCCCCGCAGGAAGGAUGGCACAACGAUUGACUGGGCCGCGAACAUCCGUGAGUCCUGGGAUUUCAGUGAGGAAGGAGCAUGUGCACGGCUAGAGGCCUUUCUGAAUGAUGGUGUGUAUCGAUAUGAAAAAGAAUCAGGCAGGGCAGAUGCCCCAAAUACCAGCUGUCUGUCGCCCUACCUUCACUUUGGUCAGCUCAGCCCACGCUGGCUGUUGUGGGAUGCCAAAGGGGCACGCUGUCGAUCCCCAAAGUUCCAACGCAAACUGGUGUGGAGAGAUUUGGCUUACUGGCAGCUGACAUUGUUCCCUGACCUCCCCUGGGAGUCCCUCAGACCUCCAUACAAGGCUCUGCGAUGGAGCAGUGAUCGUGGCCAUCUGAAGGCCUGGCAGCGAGGGCGAACAGGCUACCCUCUGGUGGACGCAGCCAUGAGGCAGCUGUGGCUGACAGGCUGGAUGAACAACUACAUGAGACAUGUGGUGGCGUCUUUUCUGAUAGCAUAUCUCUAUCUGCCCUGGCAAGAAGGCUAUCGCUGGUUCCAGGACACCCUAGUGGAUGCAGAUGUUGCCAUAGAUGCUAUGAUGUGGCAGAAUGGGGGCAUGUGCGGUCUGGAUCACUGGAACUUUGUCAUGCACCCCGUCGAUGCAGCAAUGACCUGCGACCCCUACGGCAGCUAUGUUAGGAAAUGGUGUCCUGAACUUGCAGAUCUACCUGAUGAGCUCAUUCACAAACCCUGGAAAUGUCCCGCGUCCAUGCUUCGACGUUCUGGUGUGGUCUUUGGCCAGACAUAUCCUGAGAGAAUAGUUACAGACCUGGAGGAGCGGAGGAGUCGUUCCCUGCAAGAUGUAGCUCUGGUGCGGAAAGAGUUUGGACAGUAUGUGGACAAGCGCUCAGGCUGUGACUUGGUGCCUCUGCCCCCACGCCUGGUCUCUGAGGCUCUGCACUUAUCACACAGCGAUGGCGGUGUGGUGACAGAAGGGAAGCAGUUCCUGUUGCCCGUUAUCACCCGCAUGGAAUUCAAACACCAGCUAGAAGAUCCAGACGCAGAUGCCGCCUCAAAUCCCUACAACGCUGUUCUAAAAGGAUACGUGAGCCGCAAGAGGGAUGAGACCAUUGCCUUCUUCAAUGAGAGAGACUUUACUGCCAGCGUGAUGCAUGAGGGAGUUCAGAGGAGGGAGAGGCUGGAGAGUGAUCAUCGCAGACUCGAGGGACUCCCUCAGCCUCCUGCACCUCGGGGCAGGGCCAGACGAACUCCAACAGCCAAGGACAGGUUUUCUAUAGUACCUGGUGGGGCGGUCUCCUCGCUCAGGUGACCCAGAGACCAAGACCGAAAGUUUACUGACAGUUACCAGCUGUAUAAUGCACAAUUGAGAAAGGUUACAGAACAAGUCUUUGUUGAGGAAAGAACAAAAUGUACACUGGACUUUACACUGUGGGUAGAGUGAGGGCAUUUUGUUUGUCUUCAGACAACUGAGACAAAGUUUGCAAGAGGGUUGCAGAAUGCUCAUUCAAAACAUAUUGUACAUUGAGUAUUUAGUAUAAUCUCAGUAUUUAGCAAUGGUAUUAUACCAGCCUCGGUGAAAAACAUUGGUCCGGGUCAGCCAUUAUACUUGAUUUCAAUGCAGCUUCCUUUCAUAAAGGCCCAGUCCCUAUUUUUGAACACACAAAUCUGAGGUAUCUCACUCAUAAAUAUACAUAUAUGUUGUAGUGUUUGAGUUUAAGUGGGGGAAAUAGGGCAUUUGGUGAAUCUCAGCAGAUCACUUUUAAGUAGAGGCCUGUUUUACAGUGUUUGUAUCAAAAUACUUCAGACAAGUUGGAGGUGGCAUCAGGCUCCAAUCUGCUGGUUUGAAUUUUGGUUCAAGGGCUACCUUUUUAUAUACAUUUGUAGAAUAGGUGAUUUCUCCAGGGUGUAAAUACUGUAUGUGUGUGGAUAUAACAGGUGGAUUGGUCGAAACAGUUUUCAAGUGAUGCAAAUAAAAUAAACAUGCAAAUACAGUACAUUUAUAUUAUAUGAUGCUCUGACAUAGUGUCAAGCAUAAUACCUGUGCAAUACCUUUGCAAUGCGAAAUAUGUUGUUUAGUCACGAGUGAAACUACAUGACAAACAAUUUGUAAAAUACUGCCCACUUUUAUAAUAUAAAGUCUAAACUUUGGGAAAUAAAAAAGAAAGAAAGC